AUGUUUGUCCGCAUCGACGCGUGGCGCGUUGUUCCUGAGAGCGAACUAUUUUGCGAGAGCGCGGAAGCCUCGCGCGACGAGCCGGAUCUGCUUUCUGUGUGUGUUGGGUGAAUGGAGGCGCAGCUCUUCCUGGUGAACAAACAACUAUAGGGCAGCCUAGCGAUACCCGCUUCCCAGAACGGCCACACACACCUUCUCCUUCUACCCCCAAAAAUGGCUGCUGAGCGUAAACACAUCGCGCAGCUCAAAUCCGAACUGUACUUCUUAAUAGCCCGGUUUUUAGAAGCUGGACCUUGUCAGGACGCGGCAGAGACCUUGAUACGGGAGGUUCAAGAGAAGGAGCUGUUACCCAAAAGGAUUGACUGGACUGGCAAAGAACACCCAGGGAGUUACGAAAAUUUGGUCAAAUUGUAUAGGCACAUUUCUCCAGAUCACCUGUUGCAGGUGUGUGAGCGAGUGAGUCCUCUUUUAGAGAGAGAAGUGCCAGCCAGCGUACCUGGAGUUAACUCACUACUGGGAGCUGGACGCCAGUCAGUGCUACGAACAAACAAGAGUUGUAAGCACGUGGUAUGGAAGGGGUCUGCCCUCGCAGCCCUGCACUGUGGCAGGCCGCCCGAGCCGCCAGUCAUCUUUGGAAGCCCGCCCAAUAUUGUGGAAACAAUAUACAGUCGGAAGCUGAAUGGCUCAUAUCGGAUGGGUCAGUUGGUUCCUACUGCUGUUUACCAACAUAUGAAGAUGCACAAGAGAAUUCUGGGACACCUGUCAUCUGUAUACUGUGUCACCUUCGACCGCACCGGUCACCGCAUCUUCACAGGUUCGGACGACUGUUUGGUGAAGAUCUGGUCCACGGAUGAGGGGCGUUUGCUGGCGACACUGAGAGGUCAUGCGGCAGAGAUUUCAGACAUGGCUGUGAAUUAUGAGAACACCCUGCUGGCAGCUGGCAGCUGUGAUAAAAUGAUCAGAGUGUGGUGCCUACAGACCUGCGCCCCGCUGGCAGUACUGGAGGGCCACACGGCAUCCAUCACGUCACUACAGUUUUCUCCUCUGUGCAGUGGAAAUAAGAGGUUCCUGUCCUCCACUGGAGCUGACGGCACCAUCUGUUUCUGGCAGUGGGACGCACGCACGCUCAAAUUCGGGCAGCGACCCAGCAAAUUCAUCGAGCGGCCCAGACCAGGCGUGCAGAUGAUCUGUUCCUCUUUUAGUGCAGGUGGGAUGUUCCUCGCGACAGGCAGCACUGAUCACAUCAUUAGGGUUUAUUACUUUGGAGAGGGACAACCAGAGAAGAUAUCUGAGCUGGAGUCUCACACUGACAAAGUCGACAGCAUCCAGUUCUCCCAUGGUGGCGAUCGGUUUGUGAGUGGCAGUAGAGACGGCACAGCGCGGAUAUGGCAGCUGCAGCAGCAGGACUGGAGGAGCAUUCUCCUGGACAUGGCCACUAAGCUACCUGGCAAGUACAACCCUCCACCUUUAGAGGACAAAGUCACCAAACUGAAGGUGACUAUGGUGGCCUGGGAUUGCAAUGACAACACAGUCAUUACCGCUGCGAACAACUUGACAUUGAAAGUGUGGAACUCAUACACAGGGAACCUUAUUCAUGUACUGAUGGGCCAUGAGGACGAGGUGUUUGUGUUAGAGCCACAUCCAUUUGAUUCCAGAGUGCUUUUCUCUGCUGGGCACGACGGAAACGCCAUCGUCUGGGAUCUGGCAAGAGGAGUCAAAAUACGCUCAUACUUUAACAUGAUCGAGGGUCAGGGCCAUGGUGCGGUCUUUGACUGUAAGUGCUCUCCAGAUGGGCAGCACUUCGCUUGCACGGACUCCCACGGUCACCUGCUGAUCUUUGGGUUCGGCUCUAGCAGCAGAUACGACAAGAUAGCAGAUCAGAUGUUCUUCCACACUGAUUAUCGGCCACUUAUCCGUGAUGCCCAUAACUUUGUGCUGGACGAACAGACCCAGCAGGCACCUCACCUCAUGCCGCCACCAUUCCUGGUGGAUGUGGAUGGGAAUCCUCACCCUCCACGCUACCAGAGACUGGUUCCUGGCAGAGAGAACUGCAGAGAGGAACAGCUCAUACCCCAGAUGGGGCUCACGUCAUCAGGGCUGAAUCAGGUGGUUAGUCAGCAGGCUGCAGAAGGCUCUAGUCCUCUUGAUGGUAUUAUCCAGAGACUACAGCAAGAGCAGGACCAGAGACUAGGAUCUGACAACAGAGCCAGCAGAGGAUCUGUCAGUUCUCCCACAGAGGUCUCUUCUCCACCUAACGUGGGUCUGAGACGCAGUGGACAGAUCGAAGGCGUUCGCCAGAUGCACAGUAACGCUCCACGCAGUGAGAUUGCCACCGAAAGAGACCUGGUGGCAUGGAGUCGAAGGGUCCUCGUUCCUGAACUAUCACCAGCUAUAGCUUGUAAGCAGGAGAUUUGGCGUGCAGCUAAAGGAGAAGAGGAAAUCAACAUCUACAGGUCAGAAAGGAGGAGACGCAGCGUGCACAGCCAGUACCACAGAGAAAACCGGCAUGCUACAGAAAAUUCUGUGGAGGAGGGGCGGCGUCACCAGGGUAACCAGCAUAACUACCAUACACGACUGGCCGUGGAGGAAACGAGUCGUCAGAGUGAACCCAACGAGGAAGAACACAGUGCUUCUGAGGGAGAAAACGAAGCAAGACCUCCAAGCAGAGAAUCAUCAGAUGAGGAGAGAGAGGAAAAAGAACCCUGGCCUGAUGAUAACAGCAGCUCCAGUGAUUACUCCAGCGAUUACUCAGACUGGACAGCAGAUGCUGGAAUAAACCUGGAACCGCCCAAGAAGACCAGCGUGAAGAAAAAGAAGAAGAAUGCCAGCAGCUCGGAAGAAGAUGGAGAGAAGAAAAAAGACUCCAGGAAGGAGAGGAGGAAGGAAAAGCAGGACAAAGAUGGAGCACUACCAAAGAAGAAGAAGCCAAAGGAGAAACGGAAGAGGAUACCUGAACUGCAGAACCAGGGUUUGACAUUAGAGGAAUGGCUGCCCUCUGCCUGGAUCACUGACACCAUGCCACGGAGAUGCCCCUUCACCCCACAGAUGGGCGAUGAGGUAUAUUAUUUCCAUCAAGGCCAUGAAGCUUAUGUGGAGAUGGCCAAAAAAAACAAGAUCUUCAGUAUAAAUCCUAAAAAACAGCCCUGGAACAAGUUAGAGCUCAGGGAGCAGGAGCUGUUGAAGAUAGUGGGCAUCAAGUAUGAGGUGGGUUUGCCUACUCUGUGCUGUCUGAAGCUGGCCUUCCUGGACCCAGACACUGGCAAACUGACGGGCGGCUCUUUCUCUGUGAAAUACCACGACAUGCCUGAUGUCAUCGACUUCCUGGUACUUCGGCAGCAGUUUGAUAAUGCAAGACAGAGGAACUGGAUGAUAGGUGAUCGUUUCCGUGCGGUGAUAGAUGAUGCCUGGUGGUUUGGGACGAUUGAGAGUCAGGAGCCUUACCAGGCUGAAUAUCCAGACUCUCUGUUCCAGUGCUACAACGUCUGCUGGGAUAAUGGAGAUACAGAAAAGAUGAGCCCAUGGGACAUGGAGGAGAUUCCCAAUGAAGCAGCAUUUCCUGACGAGUUAGGUCUGAGUGUGCCUCUAACUGAGGAGGAGCAGAAAGCCUUAUUGUACAAACCCCUAGAAGGAGAGUGGGGCUCACGCACACGUGACCAAGAGUGUGAGCGCAUCAUCAGAGGCAUCGACCAGCUUUGCACUUUGGAUGUGGCUGCACCAUUUGAACUGCCAGUGGACUUGCAGGCAUAUCCAACAUAUUGCACCGUAGUUGCAUACGUCACAGAUCUGAGCACCAUCCGACAAAGACUGCAGAACCGUUUCUAUAGGCGAAUGUCGUCGUUGAUGUGGGAGGUACGCUACAUUGAACACAAUGCUCAAACCUUCAAUGAACCAGGCGCAUUCAUUGUCAAAACUGCCAAAUUCGUAUCUGACCUCAUGCUACAAUUUAUCAAGGACCAAAGCUGUACAGAUAUUAUUCGACUGUAUAACAGUAUGAAGAAAACGGCUUUCUCAGAUUCAAGCGAUGAUGAAGAUGAAGAUGAGGAUGAGGAUGAGGAACACGAGGCACCUUGUACAUCUAGCCUCAAUAAGAAGAGGCAGCAGCAGCAGCCUAUCCUGAGGAGUCUGCGCAGUAAACCAUCAUCAGACCCUCAGAGCUGGAAGGGGCGCUGCAGAGAGCUGCUGGAGCUCAUCUUUCAGUGUGAAGAUUCAGAGCCUUUCAGACAGCCUGUGGAUCUGGAGGAGUAUCCGGACUAUUUGGACAUUGUGGACACUCCUAUGGACUUCAGGACUGUCCUGAACCGCCUGUUAGAAGGAGAGUAUGACACUCCCAUGGAUCUUUGUAAAGAUGUGCGGCUCAUCUUCAGCAACUCCAAAGCCUAUACACCCAGCAAAAAGUCCAGGAUCUACAGCAUGAGUCUGCGAUUGUCCGCUCUGUUUGAAGAGCAUAUCAGUUCGAUCCUGACCCAUUUUAAAGCUGCUCAAAGUCUGCACAGUGAGCGAUUCACCCGUCAGCGCCUGCACACCGAGCGCUUGACCAGACAGUCUGUGAAGAGGAGGAGGAGCUCUUCACCUUCAAGCUCCGCCUCUAGUCCAGAAAGGAAGCGUCGGGUUUCAUCUCGCGCUCCUCCUCGAUCGGACAAUGCUGCUCCACCCACUCCCGCUGGACCGUCCCGGACACCUUCUUUACGGCAAACACAUCCACAGCUCAACGGCAAGGCUGAGCCUCCUGUCGUCCCCGGUCGGACACGAAGCUCGGCCCGCUUUGGAACCCAACUCACAGACGCACCUUGUACACAGUCAGCUCCUCCCCCUCCACCCAGCCACAGUAAGACAGCAGAGCCCUGCUCUAGAGUCCUGCGCACACAGAACUCUCACUCCAGAGAAACUGAGAGCUCCGCAGUUCCUCACACAAAUGAAGGCGGGGCCAGAGAGUCUCGCAGGAAACUACGGACACCUGUAAAACUCACGCCAGGUCCAGUCGAUCGCGACUCUUCUCCUCAAAACAGUUUGCAUUUGAAUGGUCAUAGUCAAGUGACUCUGGGAGUGGUACGAAGAGGCCGGGGCAGACCCAGAUUAGAUGCACAAAUACAAACACCAGUAGCGGUACCACAACCCCCACUGUCCCAGACCUCUGGAAAAAAGAAAGGGAGGAAAAGCAAGAAAGAGCUGGAUUCCUUACGAAGAAGCUCCUCCCCUGAGGAGGAGCAUAAUCUGUCUACUGGUGAUGAGGGCGGGGCUUCUUCUACAGCCCAGGACAGUAGUCUCUCAGAUUCAGGGGCAGUGACUCCAGAGUGCCCCAAACUACGAGGCAGACCACGAGUCAUCAGUACGCCAGAUACCCCAGCUCCUUCAAGCCCCAAAGCUCUCAGAAGGAGCAGUCGGCGUGGAAACGAAGAAACCACGCCCCCUAUGCCGGGCACCGCCCAAAGUGAGGAGCCAGACAUUUAUAUGGGAGAGGAUGAGAGCUCGAAAGGACAGAUGAGAACGCGUAACCAAGGCCGAAGGACUGCUUUCUAUAAUGAAGAAGACUCUGAGGAAGAUCAAAGACAGCUUUUGUUUGAGGAUGCCUCGAUUACUUUCGGCACGUCCAGCAAAGGGAGAGUCCGCAAGCUCACUGAGAAGGCCAAAGCCAACCUUAUUGGCUGGUAACAAUGCCAACUUUGCAUGUCCUAUGAGACACAACCCCUUCUCCUCGCCCCAUUGAGGAGGGGGAACCAUUCCUGCUGCUAUCAGACUGUCAUGAUUAUCUGAAUCUUUCUUUCUGACUCUCUAAAUUGAUUCUCAUGUUUUGAAUCUUUGACUCUUUUAGUGACUUCAAGAGUCACGGCCCCUUGAAAUCCCCCACCUUUUACAUUUUCUUCCACAGAAAAUCACAAAAUGCAGUUAAAUACUGAUUUUCAUAUGCACUAUUUGAAUGCCAGUGAAGAAAGGUACUUAUACAGUCUUAUGAAUCCAAAUACCUGAUUUCAUCUCUCAAGAAAGCACUUAUUUGAGGACGUUCGAGUGUGUGUGAGUGUGGUAGAGCUUGAGCUCGUUUCUUUAAACUGUUAAUUUUAUGCAUUGUUUUUACACAGUUGUUGCUGAUGGCAACAAAUCAAACACUUGUUAAAAAAAAUCUAUUUUUAACAGAUCAUUGUGUAAGUGGCUGUAAAGCUGUAGUGACGUGCAGAGAAGGACCUCAUAAAUCACAUGUUGUCUUUUUAACGUCUUUCUCUGUGAGUCAAGAUCAGUGGCAGUGGUAAUUCACGCAUGUUUUUAUAUAAUUAGCAAUACCUUGUGCCUUUUCAUACAUUCAAUACAUUUUGGCUCCUUUGUACUCCCCAGUUAGUGCAUUGAUUUAUCCAGUACAUACGUGUGUUAUUGAUCUGUUGCUGGGAUAGAGAUUAGUAAGCAGCAUAUCUACCCAUGACCACUGUGUGUGUGUGUGUGUGUGUGUGUGUGUGUGUGUGUGUGUGUGUGUGUGUGUGUGUGUGUGUGUGUGUGUGUGUGUGUGUGUGUGUGUGUGUGUGUGUGUGUGUGUGUGUGUGUGUGUGUGUGUGUGUGUGUGUGUGUGUGUGUGUGUGUGUGUGUGUGUGUGUGUGUGUGUGUGUGUGUGUGUGUGUGUGUGUGUGUGUGUGUGUGUGUGUGUGUGUGUGUGUGUGUGUGUGUGUGUGUGUGUGUGUGUGUGUGUGUGUGUGUGUGUGUGUGUGUGUGUGUGUGUGUGUGUGUGUGUGUGUGUGUGUGUGUGUGUGUGUGUGUGUGUGUGUGUGUGUGUGUGUGUGUGUGUACUUGCGUUGAGUUCAUGCAGUUGCAGAGGUGUGUAAUAGUAGUGACAUUAUCACUCCACGCCUGUUUUACCAGGCUCCCAAAAUGCACUGUGAUCCCUAAUUAGAGAGUGACUUAAAAUGCAUUGGCCACAAGAAGAGUUUGAACACUGAAAACAGAAAUAUUUGAAUGUCGUUGUAUUAGAGAAUGAAAUAUCAAAGCAGGUGGCAUCUGCAGAAUCUACAGAUUUUCACAGAAUUAACUUUUGAAAUUUCUAUUUUUUAAUAUGGCUGACAAUAUAAUGUUAAUUUGGAAAUUAUGUGAUUAGUUGAUGAAUAAUAACAUUUAAUUAUUGUUAAUUCAUGUUAGUUAUUUUGUAAUAGUUAUUUAAAUAUGAUUAUUAUGAAAAUUAAUGAACAAAUAUUUUCAGUUUUAAACUGGUUUGACUGUAUUACAAAUAGUAAUAUUGUGAAUUAUUAUUAUUAUAACAAAUUAAUAAAAAAAUAUUAAUACAUUUAACAUUUUAAUAUGUUAAUAUAUUUAAUAUAUAAUCAGUGAUUUAUUUUUAAAUAUAUUUUGUGUUGUAAUUUAUUUCCGCGAUGGCAAAAGCUGAAUUUCUCCAGUCUGAAGUGUCACUUGAUCCUUCAGAAAUCAUUGAAAUAUGCUGAUUGAUGUUGAAGAAACAUUUCUCUUGACAUUCAAUGGUGAAAACAGUUAUGUUUAAUAUUGUUACAAUUUUGAUACAUCACAAUAUGUUUUCCAGGACUGUUUAAGGAAUAGAAAGUUCAAAUAAACAGCAUUUAUUUGAAAUUAUAUCUUUUGUUACAUUAUACAUUUCUUUACUGUGACUUUUUCAAUUUAAAGCAUCCUUGUAGAAUUAAAGUAAAAAACAAACAAACAAACAAAAAAACUUUUGGAAGGUAGAAACAAUUACUUUUAUCUAUCUCAAUUCACUGAAAAAUCAUGAUCGGAUUCAUUUUGAUUAAUUCUUAAACAACAGCCCUACUUUUUUUUAACUUAACAAUAUACCCAUAAACAAAUGUUUUUUGUAAAAUUCAAUGUGCUUUAACAUUUGCUUUUUUCUAAAGUGCCUCUUAGUUUGAUAUUUGGAUAUUUCAUGCAAUGACAUUCAUACAUUUAUGGCAUUUCCUGUAUGUUCAAGUGCUUUUGAUGCCACUCUUUGAUGCUCCUUUAAACCACUAUCGACAGAAUUAUUAUUGUGUGUGUAGCGAAGUUCCAGAGAGAGCAGUUAGCCCAGAGAGCAGACCUCUUUCUCUGAAUUAGUUAACUCAUUGAAUUACUGUGGAACUGCUCGUUUCAUUAGUGGAGAGGACUUUGUUUUAGCCUGAUCACAUUGAAACACUGUUUGAUAUUUCCAGUUCUGAUGCAUCGAAUCUGCUUCAGUAGAAACCACAGGGCAGCGAAUCACAGAAGAGGCAGUGUGCAUGUCGUAUUCUGUUUUGAAUGUGCCUUGACUUUUUGUGUGUAUGUACGUGUCUGUGUGAUGUAAAACUGAAGAAUUCAUGUAUUGUAUCCCACCUUGACUCACAUAUGCAGCAUAGUCUCUUUUUGAGAGAGCCGGAUCACAUUCAGUCUGGUUUGUCGCCAUGUGAUUUUGUAGGUUCUUACAUACUAUCAGAAGUUGUGGUCUGGGUCAUCCAUUACGAUAGAGCUAAUCCAGCCCAUAGCUUUAAAACUGGUUUGAUGAACCAAAGCCUUCGAAUGAGUGUGUGAUUGUUUGAUGGGAACAUAUGUGGCUGUUUUAUAUGCAGUUAAUGCAUGUCUGAGACUCUUGAGUGUGUGAUGUCCAUUUCUGUGUGUUUAUGUACAAGCCCCAUGUUUUAUUGAGCUGGUGUUUCUAAUCUGUUGCUACAUGAAGACUGUAUUUUAUCUGAAUCACGACCCCUCUAUUACCACCAUACUGCACAGGAAGUGACAUCUCACGGGCUGAUUUACAGGUUUUAGAGCAGAGAUGCAAAGAUGGAUGCAUGUUAGUAUAUCCUCUGGUCUAUUAAAUCUGAAGGUACAGUCAUGUUUGUGGGGUCAGGGUCUUUUUUCCCCUCUCCGGUCUUAUAUCCUCAGACUGAGAGGUCUUUCUAUGUUAGUUUGUAUACUUUUAUAUAAAAAGGAAAAUGUGUAAAUAAAGACGUUAAAUAGAAUGUAUGUGUAGGGUGUACUGCUGUCACAUUAGUUCAUACUGAUAUUUUAAGGAAAUAAACAUUUGUGUUUCCACA